AUGGCGUCAAUACAAGAGCAGGCAGAGCAGGUCAAGACAGCAGCUGCAUCAAUAGCAACAUGCACUCCUGCGACAACUGUUCUCCUCAAAGAGCUCCUCCUUCCAAGAGACAACAAUGACCCCCCUGCUGCCACAACGAAAACGACCAAGACAGCUCGAACAACCACGGCGAAGCGCAAUGGCGCAGCGUCAAAAACAACGGGCGCCAAGAAGGCAACAGUGGAGGACAAGGGAGAGCUGUCAGCAAAAGAGAAGGCAAUACUGGCAACACACAUCAUCAACGCAACACUGAAGUCUCUCGGAGAUGCCGUCAAGGCUCCUCCACCAGCUACGCCUAAGGGGCCAGCUGCUGGAGCCGAGGAUCACGGAAAGACUGCUCCUAGGAGGCGCGUUCGACGGUCCAACUCGGCACCCAUGACGCCAAUGCAGCCCCGGUCCCUCAACCGGGUUUCAACCUCCCCCGAAAUCGAGAGGAAGCCGGCACGGUCACCUUCCAAGUUGAACGCCUCGACGGGCUGCCUGUGCACGGUCGAAUGCGCCCGAGUCGCAUUGUCAGCGCUCCGCCACCUCCGGGUUGCCGGCAAGAUCAACCUUCCAGAGCUCCAACUAGAGGCCGGCAUGUCGUCUUUGGUUGCAAAACUCAUUGGCUUGGGGCUGAUCGAGCAUGCUGUGAAAGAACUGCGCCUCCUCAAGAAGAUAUUAGACGACCUGGUUUUGGGCGACAAGAAGCCACGCAAGGCCGAAUCUACCUCUUCAUCCCUCGGCCUUUUCGAGUUACUGGAGUUCCGCGGGGCUAGGCCCUCUGGCCAGGUCUUGAACUUGGUAAUUAGCACACAGAUGCAAGUUCUCAGAAUUAUGGGAAAGAUGAAGAGACCGGUCGACAUCGAGAAGGCUCGCGGAUAUCUCCAGCAAACCAACGAAUUUUCCCCGACUAGCCUCCUCCUCCUGUCCGCCGGAUCAACUAAGGCAGAGAAAGAUAAAGCCGCUCGCCAGCUCGAAAGCCUGUCACAGCUCAUUCUGGCUCUAGCACCGAGCAUCUCAAGUAGUGAGGACGAUGUGGCGUUGGAAUCAAAACUCAGCAUCAGUCCGCUGGCCGCCCUUGAGCUCCAGGCCAUCGCCCUCCAGUCACGAUUAAUCUGGUGGAAACUGGCCGGUCACAAGGGCGAUGUGGAUAAGGAUAUCCUUGCACCGUUCUCAAGAUGCAUGCUUGCGUAUGUUCGACGAACGGGGAAGACGGCUACGUCCAACUACAAGAGCUGCCUCGCCGCCGUCAACGAAAUUCAGAAUCAGAUGUUGUCUCAGAGUCUCGAGCCAGCACAAUCGUCCAAGUCACCACUAGCUGCUAUCUACCAGGCAUUGGCCAAACUGGCCCGGGAAGGGGGUCACUACAGCGACGCGGUCUCAUGGACAGAGAAAAUGAGCCAAAUGAUCGAUCCGAGCCAGGAUUCAGCAGCGAAGUGUUGCGCGACUUCAGCAUUACUUUUAGCCUACCGCCUCAAAAUACCGUGGAAAUACCCGUCGCAGGACCAGUUGCUCCAGGCAGUGCUGGAAGGACUUCAGGGGCAGCUUCGAGGCGACAGCAGCGAAUUGGAUGAUCUUUUGGAUGGUCUUAUCGUGGCCCUUAAGUCGGCCAUGCAUGUUUUAUACGGGGAUUUGAGUGACGCGGAGGGGAACAAAUAUCGACCUUCAGCGGAUUUCUCUGGGCUCUUGGAACAUCUUAUUCAGCAGCUGCCACGAUUCUGCUUUCGAUGGCUUGGGAAACGACCAUCAUCUCAAGACGACACCAAAGGCUUUCUGCGAUAUGAACAGAGGCGGACUAUUAUGGUCAAAUCGGCACCGCAGGUUCUGGAUUCGGCACUGAUGCUCGCGAAGACCAGCCUCGACGAGAAACGUGUAGCUUGGGACAAGUUAGACUCGCUCCUACACGAUUGUCUCGGGCUUCUCGACAGUCUGGGAGACCUUGCGUCUGUUGAUCCUUCGAUGUACUACUAUGCGAAAAUCUCACAUCUCUAUUACAUUCAACACACAAUUUUCAUGGAGGCAAGCAAAGGGUCAAAAGCCAACGCCAAGGAAAAUAUGGGCUUUGCAUUGAGGGCAAUGCGUCGCUCAAUUGACUGCGUCAAGCACCGCUCAAGCAAUGAGCGCACAAGAGCCCAGAUCCUCUUCAAGCUUGAACGUAUGAGCGAGCUGUAUAGGGACACCGGCAGGUCUAACGAUGCGCUGGCAUCGUUGCAGAGUCUCAGAAAUAUAUUGAUCGAAGAUGGCGUUCUUCGAGCAGUUGCCGAUGCCUCUCAAGAACUUCCUCCUCGACAAGCUUGGACAAUCAGCAAGGACGCAGAAUUGCUUUCGUCGUCAUUACGGUCUAUCAGCCGAUUGGAACAGGGUUGGGUUGAUUGGACUCUCCAUUUGGAUGAGCCAGAACGGCUUGCUGCUCUUGAGCAUCGGCUUGAAUUUAUCAUCUUGAGAAACGGAUCUAAUACCGGCAGUGCUGGGUCUCCAGAUUGUUGCAUCGAAGUACUUCUUCAGCUGUGCUCCAUCGACAAAUAUCCAGUGAGAAGGCUGAGGAUUUUGACACGGCUCAUGGCCGCCAACGUAGGAGACUCGAAGUACCUUGAGUCAAUCCAGGCUCAUUUAGAAGAGGCAGCAUCUGUCAAUGGCGAGGCAGUCUUGGGCGAGGACAAUGGCCUGAAGAGCUGCCUUUCACAUAUGAAAGCUCUCACGCAGUCCAUGGCUGCACUAGCCUGUCAACCGCCUAAACACGACCUGAUUGAGCAGUCCAUUUCUGCCUGGCGCUCCAUCCUCGACAGCUCAACCAGCAUUGACCAACAAAUCGACGACUUGCCCGGAUUGUUGGAGCACUUGCAGUCCAUUGCAGAUUAUGCCCGACUGUCGAACCGUAAUGCCCUCCUAUUGGAUGCCUUGCAACUUGCCUCUGACCUGAGACAAAAAUCCGCCAACUUGGACACAGCCUCCCACUUGCAGAUCUCAGCAGCACUCGCCCUACAGCUGACAAAUGUUGGCCAAUCCUCGAAAGCAUCCACAGUUCUGGAGCAGGCCCGACAGUCAUUCAGCGCAGGAGAAACAAAGUACCGUGAAGAAAUUAUCGGCUUCCUUCUCUCGCACGCGGAAUACUAUCUCGAGAUUGGGAGCAUCGAAAAGGCAGACGAGGUCCUAUCGGAGAUAAAGAGCAUCGUUUCAGUGAACAACUUGCCUGGUAGGUCGAGGAACCGCAAAUUGAUAUUGGCCCAGGCCUCCUUGGUGUAUUCUGCUGUUGCCCUUGGUCGAGGAGACGGCCCGAACGCUCUCAACUAUGCCAGGAAUGCUGCACGUGUGCUAUUUCAGGAAUGGGCGAAAAUGGAGCAAAAGGCGAAGGCUGUGACGUGCGCGCAGCCAGAGAAGUCUGCCGAUGAGUCUUCGUCGCAGUUGGAUGCCUCCCUGAGUACGUUAGUGGAGAAGAGCAAAGACUCAGCUCCGACAAUCUCGGGACCGGAAUUUUGGAAGCUGGCACAUUCAGUUCUCAGCGGCCUUCUUUUCCUGUCGAACAUCUAUGCUCACCUGGGUAUGUACCAGGAGACAGUGUACUAUGCCGAACAGGCCCAGAAGGUGGCGCAGGCUGCUGGUUCCGAAGCAUACCUGGCUGAGUGCGACGCUUGGAUGUCUUUCAUCUCAGCCAGAGCCGGCAAGCUCGAGGACGCCUUGAAGGUCGUGGGUCAAGUCCGAUCCAGGCUUGAUGGUGGCGACUACUCCAGCAGGCUCGUCAGUCUUUGCUGCCGACUCAGCAAUAUUUACCGCGAGACUAGGGAUUUCGAGUCGGAGAAGGGCAUGAUUGAGGCGGCAGAAGCGAUGGUGAAUCGCAUGGCAGACACUUCUGAGAGCAAGGACACUGUGGUAAAAGAACAAAGCAUUGCGCCAAACGAGACGAAGACAAAGAUACCCAUCAGGAACAAGCGAACAAUUGCCACCGCUGCGACGACACGCACGGUGAAGGCACCAGCGGCGAAGACAGCCCCGAAAAAGUCAGCAGCGAGGAAACCAGAACCGACUAGCUUGGCAGCCGUCGAACAAGAGGAUGCAUAUCUAAUAUCUCUCAAGGCGUCAGUCAUGGUCGAGAAAGCAUCGUCAAUGAUUCACCAGAAAGAUUGGUCUGGAGCCUGGCAACUCUUACAGGAGGUCCGCCAGUCGUCCAAGGUUGCUUCACACGUCUUGUCCGAAUUACUCACAACGGCAAGGUCACUUCUCGGGCAGAGUAUGCAGCAGAUGUCUGAGGACGCUGUCUAUUCUGUCAUCCAAGAAUCGACGUUGUCGUUCCCUUCCGUCAGCAGUAUCCCGCAGUCGGAUCGAUUCUCGCUGAUGAAGACCUCUCCUCCUCCGAAGACAUCGGUCGCUCCCGUUUUUCAAGAGAAGGCGACAGCAUACGAUCCUCAAGGAUAUUUGGAAAAUCUGCGGGAGGCACGUGAAAUGCUCUUGGAAGCCCACACAAUGGCUUCUGUCAUGGGUGAUGGCAGGGAAGUACGCAGAACCUUGGGCAUGCUACAGACCGUUGUGAUUCUUCUCUCAGCGGCAUCACCUUCAGCCAAAAAGACCGGUAUUCUUGGACAUCCAGGAUACGCCACUUGUGCGGUGGAAAUGGCGCGGAAUUUGACCUGGCGCAGAGAGUACAACGCCCUCCUGACGGAGAAGCACUCGGGAAGGAAUGGAUUGGAGUGGCCUGAGGACAUUCGAUCUUCAGAAACAAGACGAGCGAGUCUGAGUCGAGUGGUUGAUAUAUGCAAGUUCCAACGCGAGUAUAUCGACAUCAUUCCUCAGGAAUGGAGUGUGGUCUCCAUCUCACUUAGCGACAACAAGCACGACCUGUGUAUCUCGAAGCUACAAGCUGGCCAAAAUCCGUUCGUCAUUAGACUUCCUCUGGAGCGAGCAAGUUCCCGGGAUGCCGACAGUGAUGUUUUCGAUUUCCAGCAAGGUCGAACGGAACUACUUGACAUUAUCAAGCGGGCUAAUGAGACUUGCCACACCAAGCGAGACUUUUCAGUCAAGGGCGCAAAGACAGCCUGGUGGGUUGAACGGCAAGCCCUAGACGUACGUCUUGGAGAGCUGCUUGAAAGGAUCGAACAAGUGUGGCUUGGUGGAUUCAAGGGUAUCUUCUCGCAGCAUAAGCGGCACCCAAAGCUACUCGCAAAGUUCCAUAAGAGCUUCACAAACAUCCUUGACAAGCACUUGCCGUCACGUCGUCAAGUCCGCGGAAAGAAAUCCAAGGCUCCAGCGGCAAAGGUCACGCUCGACAUGAGAAUACUCGAACUCUUCGUCGGAUUCGGAGACGCGACGAGUGAAGACGCCGACUUUGACGAGAUGCUCAACGAUCUACUAUACUUCGUCGUCGACAUUCUGCAGUUUCAUGGCGAACGAAAUGCCUACGACGAGAUCGACUUCGAUUCCAUGGUGGUCGAGACUCUGGACGCACUCCACUCAUAUCAUGCGGAAGCCAAGAGUCAGGAUGGCGCAGAGACAAGGAGCCACACGAUUCUGGUUCUGGAUAAGGCUCUGCACACAUUUCCCUGGGAGUCACUGCCGUGCCUGCAAGGGCUGGCAGUCUCUCGGGUGCCUUCACUGGCAUGCCUCCGCAGGUUAAUUUUGGAACAAAAGCCACGCACAGCCUCUGAGACGGACGGCCCAGAGCAUCCGGCCGGACACCACGUCUCGAUUACAUCCGGGACAUACAUGCUCAAUACUAGCGGCGACCUCAAGACUACCCAAGCCACCUUCGAAGAGCCACUUUCGACGCUCGGAGACUCUUGGAAGUGCAUUGUCAAAAAGGCACCCACCGAAUCUGAGUUCGAGAGCGCCCUCUCAUCCUCCGACAUCCUCCUCUACAUGGGCCACGGCGGCGGCGCGCAGUACAUACGCAACCGUACGAUCCGCAGGCUCGACAAGUGUCGCGCGACCGCUCUGCUCAUGGGCUGCAGCUCGGCGAGCCUGACUGACGUGGGCGACUUCGAGUGCUACGGCCUGGUCUGGAGCUACAUGCUGGCUGGCUGCCCGGCCGUGGUAGGGACGCUGUGGGACGUGACGGAUAGGGACAUCGACCUGUACACGGGGAGGGUCUUUGAGGAGUGGGGACUGGUCGCGAGUGGCACGUUCCCUGGGAGGGAGGACGCCAGGCAAAAGGGCAAGGCUACUAAUGGUGUCGCUGCUGAUGACGCCGCGGGACGUGAUACCAAGAAGCCUGGGCGGUCUGGCUCGCGGAAAAGGGCCGCAGCGGAGGCGGUGGACAGCGACGAUGCUGGUGUCGCCGCGGGCGCUGGCGGUGGCACAGCUUGCGAAUACGGCGACGCGUCCCUGCCGGAGGCUGUCUCCCGCGCGAGGAACUCUGGCGUCUGCAAGUUCAAGUACCUGAACGCAGCGGCGGUCUGUGUCUACGGCAUACCGGUGUACGUCGAUCGCAGCGGCGGCCAUCAUCGUUAG